CGGCGUGCCCUCGAGCGCUCGGGCUCGAUUGGCUGGCCUUCCCCGCGGUAACGGUCGCGGAGGCUGGGGAUCGAACCUCUGAGCCGGCGGGGCUGGGCCAGCUGCUGGUGGGGAGACAGCGGCUGCGGAAGAUGAAGAUCCAGUUUCGAACAUGAGACUCAUUGGGUGAUCAUUUCAUUGAGAUAAUGUGAAUGACCAGGUAUAAAGUGCAAGAGGAAUGUGCAAUGACUGAGGCAACUCAAAGUACUUUAUUGCCAACCUCUACCUCUUUUGAUUCUGCAAGAGAAACUAUGCCUCCAGCAGCCCCUAAAGUCCAGGAAUCCAGUCAAUUAUCAAACAGACUCAUGAUUGAAAAACAGCAGGAGGAAGCAGAAUGGGAAACCAUGAAUGUACUGUUAAUCAGGCAUGGCUUAAGACCCUUGUGCCUAGUCAAAAGAACAGAACUUAAAGAUCUUAUCAUUUUUGAUAAACAGUCAUCACAAAGGAUGAGGCAGAAUUUGAGAAUGUUGGUGGAAGAAACAGAACGUCAGCAGAGCAUGAUACAAGAGCUCAUAGAAACUAAUCAGCAGCUUAAAAAUGAACUUCAGCUAGAAAAAAGCCGAGCUGCACAUGAGGAACAACGAGCUAAUGACUUGGAACAAAUUAUGGAGAGUGUAAAAUGCAAAAUUGGAGAAUUAGAAGAUGAAUCUCUAAAUAGGAUUUGUCAGCAACAAAAUAAAAUGAAAGAUCUUCAAAGGGAACACAGAACUUUACAGUCAAAAUGCCAACAUUACAAGAAAAAACAAAUGGAACAGCAACAGACUAUUGCUUCUUUGCAAAAGGAUGUCUGUCGAUUAACAAAAGAGGAAGAAGAACGAAUUAUCACUCAAAACAGAGUGUUUGCCUAUCUCUGCAAAAGAGUUCCUCAUACAGUCUUGGACCGACAGUAA